CUGCCACCUCUGCUCUCCGGCUCGGCUGUGCACGCGCUGCACGGCGUCUCACAGCCGUUAAUGUUUUGCAACAGAAGAACCUGUAGUAGAAAAGAUUGCCGUGAUUAAUAGUAAUAAUAAGAGCCCUAUAGGUAUUCAAGUCGUCGUAUGUUCAGGACGAAACGCUCAGGUCUUGUGCGGCGACUCUGGAGAAGCCGACUGAUCCCAGAAAUCGAAGGGGAAGAUGGCAAAACUAGUGAGGGCUGUAGGGACGACCCGCUCCGCGACGACCCAGAGAAGAUCCCCCAAACCGAGCUCAGACCGAUGACCCCCAGCGGGGCGUUUUUCCUAGGGGACUUGGCGGGGAGAGCGGUGGAGAGCGGCGGCUCCUCUGCGGGGGUCGCACCGGACCAAGAUGCGGCUGCUGCGACGCGCGUUCAGGAGCACCAAGGAGGAGGAGGAAGCCCCGGAUCCAUCCAAGACAGCGAGUGCAGGACAGUGACGUGCUGCUUAUUUAAAGACCGGGACCACCACUCCGAGCUCAGGGGUCCGCACACAGCUCAGGGUACUACCAGGGAUCCAUUCACGCCGAGGAGCCUCUUCGGACCAGGAGGAGGAGGAGGAGGAGGAGACGGCGGCUCUCCGGAGGCGCAGGACGCGAUGAUGCCGCGCGCCGUGCUGGAGCAGGAGCUGAAAUCAGCCACUUACUGCCUGCUGAAGAGGCUGAAGGAGAGGGCGCUGGAUACUUUACUGGAGGCGGUGGAGUCCAGAGGGGGGAUGCCGAGCGACUGUGUGAUGGUGUCCAGGACGGAGGUGGUCCUGGGCGGACAUGUGGCGAGCCCGCAGCUGCUGGUGUGCAAGGUGUACCGCUGGUCCGACCUGCAGCACCCGGCCCAGCUCAAACCGCUCUGUGAGUGCAGGAGCUUCGGGGCCCCGGACAGCCCGACUGUGUGCUGCAACCCCUAUCACUACAGCCGGCUCUGUGGGCCAGAGUCACCUCCACCUCCAUAUUCAAGGCUUUCCCCAAAUGAAGAACACAAGCCACUGGAUCUAUCGGACUCCACUUUGUCGUACACUGAAAGCGAGGCGGCUGGCUCACCGAACAUCACACCGGGAGAGUUCUCAGAUGCCAGCAUGUCGCCUGAMACCCCUAAGCAGAGCCACUGGUGCAACGUGGCGUACUGGGAGCACCGCACCCGCGUGGGCCGCCUCUACACAGUGUACGAGCACUCUGUCAGUAUCUUCUACGAUCUACCUCAGGGCACAGGCUUCUGCCUGGGCCAGCUCAGCCUCGAUCACCGGAGCAGCACCGUUCAGCGCACGCGGGGCAAAAUCGGCUUCGGGAUCCUCCUCAGCAAAGAGCCCGACGGCGUCUGGGCGUACAACCGCAGCGAGCACCCCAUAUUCGUCAACUCCCCAACUCUGGACAUGCCAAACAGCAGGACUCUGGUUGUGCGGAAAGUGAUGCCGGGAUACUCUAUCAAGGUGUUUGACUAUGAGCGCUCGUGCCUCCUGAGGCACUCCAUGGAGACAGACUUCCUGGAUGGACCCUAUGACCCGAACAGUGUGCGCAUCAGCUUUGCUAAGGGCUGGGGUCCUUGUUACUCAAGACAGUUCAUCACCUCCUGCCCCUGCUGGCUGGAGAUUCUCCUCAACAACCAUAGAUAACACUCACAAACUAUCCCAAAUAUCAUCUACCUAGAUUUAAUAUAAAGUUUUAUAUAUUAUAUGAAAUAUAUAUUAUACUUGUAAAUAAUGA